GAAAGGAUGUGGCUGACAGAUGGUACAAUGAAAUAAAAAACUACAGCUUUCAAAAUCCAGGGUUUUCUUCUGGCACAGGUCACUUCACAGCAAUGGUUUGGAAGAGCACAAAAAAGAUGGGAGUUGGAAAAGCAUCUGCUAGUGAUGGCUCAACGUUUGUGGUGGCUAGAUAUGAUCCAGCUGGAAAUGUAGUAAAUCCAGGCUAUUAUGAAGAAAAUGUCCUUCCUCCAAGAAAAUAA